AUGUUAGAAAAAUUAAGAUUACCUUACAUAGGAAGACAUCACAGUGGUAUAGAUGAUUGCACGAACAUAGCAGCAAUUCUUGCAGAGCUUUUAAAAAGGGGUUAUGUAUUUACUAAAUCAGAUGUGCAGUAUCUAAAACACAGUGUCUACCCCUUCUUUUUCCUUCCUAAUUUCCUCAAUAUUUUCCUUAUCUUUUUCUUUCUUUCCUCAUGGUUUUCUUUAUUUUCUCGACUUGCUAUUUGUCCAAAUAUUUCUUUCUUUUUUCUUUCUUUCUUUCUUUAUUUCUUUACACUCUUUCUUUCUUUCUUUCUUUCUUCACAGUUCCUCUUUCUUUCUUCAAACUCUUUCUUUCUUUCUUUCUUCACAGUUCCUCUUUCUUUCUUUCUUCACACUCUUUCUUUCUUUCUUCACAGUUCCUCUUUCUUUAUUUCUUUCUUUCUUUCUUUCUCCACAGUUCUUCUUUCUUUCUUUCUUUCUUUCUUUCUUUCUUUCUUUCUUUCUUUCUUCACAGUUCCUCUUUCUUUCUUUCUUCACACUCUUUCUUCACACUCUUUCUUUCUUUCUUCACAGUUCCUCUUUCUUUCUUUCUUUCUUUCUUUCUUUCUUUCUUUCUUUCUUUCUUUCUUUCUUUCUUUCUUUCUCCACAGUUCUUCUUUCUAUCUUUCUUUCUUUCUUUCUUUCUUUUCUUUCUUCAUAGUUUCCUCUUUUCUUUCUUUCUUCACACUCUUUCUUCACACUCUUUCUUUCUUUCUUCACAGUUCCUUCUUUCUUUUUCUUUCUUUCUUUCUUUUUUCUUUCUUUCUUUCUUUCUUCUUCACAGUUCCUCUUUCUUUCUUUCUUCACCUCUUUCUUCACACUCUUUCUUUUCUUUCUUCACAGUUCCUCUUUCUUUAUUUCUUUCUUUCUUUCUUUCUUUCUUUCUUCACAGUUCUUCUUUCUUUCUUUCUUUCUUCACACUCUUUCUUUCUUUCUUUCUUUCUUCACAGUUCCACUUUCUUUCUUUCUUCACACUCUUUCUUUCUUUCUUUCUUUCUUCACAGUUCCUCUUUCUUUCUUUCUUUCUUUCUUUCUUUUUUCACAGUUUCUCUUUCUUCCUUUCUUUCUUCACACACUUUCUUUCUUUCUUUCUUUCUUUCUCAUUCCUCCACCAGAUUUUCUUUCACUCUGCAAGCAAGCACACUUUACCUAACAAUCACACUUUGUAUCUAUUCCAACCUAUUAUCGUUUGCCAAACAGUCGCAUGAUGUCUGCUGGUCUAAUGUCCAGCCUAUAAUUACUAAUGCACCUACAUACCUGAGCACAUCCUCCCCCAACCCUGCGAGUGUUUCUUACCUCCUUUUCCACCUUUACUUCAUAAAUCACAACACCUCCCGCGACCUACCAUCACAGCUGAAUCCUUCCCAAGUUUUACCAUUUUUUCCCCAACUGCUCCAUUUAUUACAAGCCCCCUCACUCCUUGCAUUCGGUGCCUCUUUAAAUCUCUUUACAUCUAUCUAUCUAUCUAUCUAUCUAUCUAUCUAUCUAUCUAUGUGUAUCAUUAUCUGUAGUCAUUAUCUAUCUAUCUAUCUAUCUAUCUAUCUAUCUAUCUAUCUAUGUGUAGUCAUUAUCUAUCUAUCUAUCUAUCUAUCUAUCUAUCUAUCUAUCUAUCUAUCUAUCUACCUAUGUGUAGUCAUUAUCUAUCUAUCUAUCUAUCUAUCUAUCUAUCUAUCUAUCUAUCUAUCUUAUUUGGUUAUCUAUCUAUCUAUCUAUCUAUCUAUCUAUCUAUCUAUCUAUCUAUCUAUCUAUCUUAUUUGGUUAUCUAUCUAUCUAUCUAUCUAUCUAUCUAUCUAUCUAUCUAUGUGUAGUCAUUAUCUAUCUAAGUUUGGUUAUCUAUCUAUCUAUCUAUCUAUCUAUCUAUCUAUCUAUCUAUCUAUGUGUAGUCAUUAUCUAUCUAAGUUUGGUUAUCUAUCUAUCUAUCUAUCUAUCUAUCUAUCUAUCUAUCUAUCUUAUCAUUAUCUAUCUAAGUUUGGUUAUCAUUCAUCUAUCUAUCUAUCUAUCUAUCUAUCUAUCUUAGUUUUGUCAUUAUCUAUCAUCUAUCUAUCUAUCUAUCUAUCUAUCUAUCUAUCUAUGUGUAGUCAUUAUCUAUCUAAGUUUGGUUAUCUAUCUAUCUAUCUAUCUAUCUAUCUUAGUUUUGUCAUUAUCUAUCUAUCUAUCUAUCUAUCUAUCUAUCUAUCUAUCUAUCUAUGUAGUCAUUAUCUAUCUAAUUUUGUCAUUAUCUAUCUAUCUAUCUAUCAUCUAUCUAUCUAUCUAUCUAUCUAUCUAUGUGUAAUCAUUAUCUAUCUAUCUAUCUAUCUAUCUCAGUUUUGUCUUUAUCUAUCUGUCUAUCUAAGUUUGGUUAUCUAUCUAUCUAUCUAUCUAUCUAUCUAUCUAUCUGAGUUUGGUCAUCAUCAGACAGAAGUUUAUUUUGAUAAAUCUGUCACUUUUUAA